AUUGUGGGAAAAAAAACAUACACCAACGAAAUUUCAAAUAAUGAGUUAGGUUAGUUGUGAGAAAUUAUUUACUUUUCAUCUCUUUUAUAUACGUUGAAUUUAUAAUAAUUAAAUACCUUAAAAAACAGUGAUCAAGUUUUAAGAGAAUUCUGAACUUAUAAAGGAUUUGUUAUAAAGUUAUUAAAAUAACUAUUUGUUAUAAAAUGUCUAAUCUGGCAAAUGUGAAAAUUAUUAAAAUUGUAAAAGAACUUCAAAAAAUAAGAGAAACGGUAAAAUGUUCAAUUUGUCUAGAAACAGUAAAGGAGCCCCUGCAAGUAGGAUGUUCCCAUAUAUUUUGCAGCGAAUGUUUUAAGAAAUAUGAAGCAGGUACAACAAAAGGAAAAAAUUGUUUGUGCCCAGUGUGUCGUAGCGUUCUACAAAGGCGUAAAAAACGACAGCAUAACAAAGGUCAUAAAGUGGCAGAAUAUGUAGAAAAAGUUGGUGAUAUUUUAAGUAAUAUAACAAAUUGCAAUGUUUUUGAAGUAUCUGAAGAACAGAUACAACAAAACUUAAAAUUAUCAUACACACCAAAUUCAAGAAAAAGAAAGAGUUUUAUUGGGAUGUCCAAGAGAACAGUUACCCCCUCAAAACAUACACCAAAGAAGUCAAAAUUAAUCACAACUAUUGAUGUGAAUACUAAAAAAGUGACAAAAUUGGAACAAAAAGAGACUAAAAGUCCUUCUAGAAAAUGCCAGAGGAAGCCUUCGAAAAAAAUAUCACAUAGUACGAACGUUUCUGAAAAAGAGAAAGUGACACCUAAAAAGGACCCAUUUGAUUUACUUUUAGAAUCUUCCAACAUUUUACCUCAUUCAACUUUUAAAAGUAAAGUAAUAAAAACAUAUAGUGCUAAAUCAAAAACAGAUAGAAAUCAUGUCUAUGUAGAUAAAGUCGUCGAAUUUCAAGACAACACAAAUAAAACUCGAAUACUUCAUUGGCUCAGUGACACCAGAAAUAAGUUUGACAAUAUAACAUUGACUCAGACUCAAAAUGAGGAUCAGAACAGUGAAUCUAGUUUGGUUAAUUCCUUUGAUAUGCCCUCAAUUUCUCAGGUGCAUAAGAAAGGUAAACCAAAAGUUAAUAAAAGUAUGAAGCAUGUAGCCACUCAAAACUUACAUACAAAGAACAAUAAAAAAAACUUAAAAAAUAAAAGGGCUGCCUCUCUGGAUCGUUGCGUUAUAAGAAAGGUUUAUCCUAAGCACAGAUUAAAGAGGCAUAGUAUAGCUUGUGAAAGCCAGGAUUAUGAUAAUAUGAUAAUAGAAACAGUUGAUAGCGAAAGCGAAUGUCGUGAUAAUGAAAAUAGUAAGAAGCACUGGAGUUUAUUAGAAGAGCAAUGCCUCAGAGAUAUCGAAAACAAUACCCCUAAGAGGGGAAGACAAAAAUUAAAUAAAUCCAAAAAAGAUCCCAACACUUCUGUAUCUCAGAAGUCACAGUGGGAUAGAUUGAAAUCGAUUGGUAAAAGAGGAAGAAAAAUGAAGAAACUUAACGUUAGUCAGUGCAAUCCAAUUAUAUCAGAAUCAAAUAAAGAGAGAAAAGGAAAUGUGUUACAGCAUACGGCUAAUGAUAUUACAAUUGAUUAUAAACACUUACAGGAAACGGACACGAAUUUUAAAAAACCAAUUAUUAAUGAAGCAAAUGUUGUAGAAAAAAAUAAAAAAAAUGAAGAAGAAGCUAAUAAAUAUUCUUCAAAUAAAACGUACGAUUUAGAUGCAAUUGAGACUUAUUUUAUUGAGAAAUUAACUGAGUAUGAUGAGAAUAAAAAUCCAAAUGAAGUCACAGACAAUUAUUGUAAUAAUUUAACAAAUAACUCAAAAAAACAGAAUUUAAAACCUAUUAAUAACACCAAUUGUGUUUUAAGAUCAGUUGAAAAUAUAAAGAGCAAAAAAAAUAUUACAAUAAGUAAGUCUGAUGAUAUUAAAAAGAAAUUGAAUUAUUCAAGUAAACCUGUUAUAAUUGAACAAGGAGAUGUUCAAGAUAAAAAUGACAUCAAUAUUAAGUGCAUUGAUUUGAUAGAGAUUCAUAAAGUUGUAGAACAAGAAGAAUUUAAAGGCUUUAAAAGUUUAGCUGAAUUAGAAACAGAUUGCAGUGCUUGUAAUGAAAAAGAGAACGAGGAAGAAAUUUUUAAGCCAACCCAGGUCUUUCUAGAGAACUUUAAGAAUUUAAACGAGUCUGAACUUAAUGAGAAUUUGAAUAGUUUAGUAAAAAAACUUUUUAAUGAAAUAAAAUUUCAGAAACAGUCGCAGUCUAAUGUUAACAUAGACAUUUUUGAACCAAUAUUAACAGCUAUGAAAUUCCUUGUAGAAAAAGUGGAACGACAAAAUGAAUGGCAGUCUAAAAAAAAUUUAAAAGAUGUUCAUACUCAAACUAAUAUCUUGGAAUUUUGCAAUUCAUCUGCCCAAACAAUAAUAAAUUUGGAGAACGUGUUUACCCAAACCGAUCCUAUGAAUGGAUUUUACAUUUCUUCAAACGAAAGUUUUAAAACUCCAGCCAAAAUUCACGUAGAAAUCCAAACUGAAUGUUUACCACAUUGUACAAAGUGUAAUAUGAAAGAUAUGAAGCCAGUGUCACCCCCGAGUGAAUUUAAACGAACGUUAAGUAAUGACAACAAUAAUAACGGCUACCAAUUUACAGAAAGCUUAGAUAAUAUUAAUUUUGAAACUCAGGACAUUUUAAAUCAAAACCAAAUAAAGGUGAGUCAACCAUUAAAUAAGUUUGUUUUCAAGUCUCAAAAAAUUAACAAAGGAUCUAGCUCCCAAAACUCCAAAGUUUUGACUUCAAAUCUUGAUAAGGAUGCUAAUAAAAAAGGUAGUCAGGUUGAGAAAGCUGCAUCUUUAAACCAGAUGUACAAGGAAGGCACAUCACAAUUUCCUCUUUCUUCUGCUGAGUCUCAAAAAUGUUUGGUUAUUUCUGUAAUGUCUCAAAAAAACUCGUCAUCAAGUAGACGAGCUCUAAAUCAGGUAUUUAACAAUAUGGAAGUUGAAAAUAAAAAUGUAUUCAAACGAAUACGUAAACCUGAGUCUGAUAGUGAUUCAGAUUCUGAAAUCCAUGCCCAUCCAAAGAAAAUCUGCAAUAAAUUUCUGAAUAAUGAUUUGUCCCUCAAAUUUGAAUCUCAGUGUGAUAAUACAACCAACAUUGAAAGGCAAAUCUUGAAUAGAAAUGAAAUAUUAAGCUGCGAUAGCGACAAUAUCGAUUAUGAGGAAUUUUUGGAAAAAGUCUUGAAAAAGUACGACGAUCCUCCCCCCAGUGUCAAGCCGUUAUCUAAAACUGAAGAUAUCAUUGAAAGAUGCGAAAAAAUAAUAAGAGAAGCCACAAUGCUCCGUCCACAAGAAAUUGUUCCAAAUGUAAGCACUCCGAAAACAGAACAAACGAAUAAAUUGAGUUUAAAUACGAUGCAGGAGUUUAAUCAAGAAUUUAGUUAUGUUAAAAGUAACCAGGCAAAUUCAGAAGUUCGUGAAAAAAAUGAAAUCAACGCUAAUGUUAACCCAUUCUCCUUGUCGUUAUUUGGUAACAGUGAGGAAAAGGCAAGUUUAAAUCGAAACAUUAAUAAAUUCAGUAACAGUUCAAAUAAAACAAUCGAUCGAAAAGAACUGGAUGAUUAUGUUAAAGAAAUAAGCAAUGAAUUUGAGAAAUCCUUCGAUGAAGAUGUUAAUGUUGAAUUAGCAGAUUUGCACGAAAACAUUGAAAACAAAUCGCUAAAGCAACAAAAUUGCGAACAAAAAGUAACUGUUCUUCAAGAUAUUAAAUUGAAUAACUUUGUUAAAAAGCCGGAAAAAGAAGAGAUAAAUGAAGAUAUUUUUAUUGAAAAUUUUGACGAUAGUUUUGAGAAUAUUGACAUCGUCAGUCAUAAAAGCGAUGAUAUGUUUGAUGACGUAGAUGUAGUCGAAAGUACACCACAAAAGAGCAAGAAAUCUUCAAAUGAUAGAAACAUUCCUCUUGAUGAUCAAGUGUUAUUGUCAGAAACUAAGCAGCCUCUAACAAUUGACGAAGACCUAAUAAAUUGCUUAAAUAUGACCUUUACACCACCUCCAGGAUUCCAAGAUGCUGAAAAUCCAGAUGAUGAAACUUUAAAAUAUGAUAAUAACUUAAACGAACCAAAAACCAACACAAAUGAAUCCGAAAUUAAAAAGUUUACAUACGGAAUAUCUUCCCUUACACCUGAUCUACUUUUAGAGCCAAAUCCACCUUUAAAAAGAAAUCAGCAAUUACCAGAAACAAGCACCCCAAACAUGUUAGAAUCUGAUUUCGAACAACCAUUAAUUCCUUUGAGUUUAUCGCCUAUAAAACCACCUCAAAAAGAAUUCCCUACGGGACCAUUAAAUCCAAUUGACAUUGCAAAAUCGUCCAAGUUUUCUCCUCUUAUGAUAGUGAAAUCUAAAAGGCCUCCACAACGAGUACUAACUCCUCAGUCAUGUACCCCAACGCAGAAGAGUAUAUUAAACUAUGUGAAACCUGAUAAUUUGGACGCAAGUCCUCAACCUGGAUGCUCACGUUAUUCCACACCAGUGGAAGAAGUUACUGUAAAUAUGAAACCUUGCGUUUCCUGUACAAGACUCACAUUGGAACAGGUGAUGGCGAUUAAUUCUUUGGCAUCGAAGAAAUUACUUUGUUACAGCGGUUCCUUUUCAAAAUCUGUUACACAUAUGAUCGUCGCAACAAAUGCAAAAGGGUGUGUGAAAGACCAUACGAUGAAAUACGUUUUCGCAGUGGCUGCUGGGAUUUGGGUAUUAAGUUUUAACUGGAUUGAAGAGUGUUUAAAAAGGAAAUGCUUGGUACCAGAGGACCCUUUUGAAGUAAAAGAUGUAUCAGGGUUACCAGGGCCAAGAUUAUCACGUCUUGCUCUUAAACGCGAUUUACUAAAAGGUUUUAAAGUGUAUGCAGCUAAACCCUUUGUAUCUACAACUGCUGAAGAAGUUGAGAAUGUUGUAACAAUGUUAGGAGGAAAAAUUGUGUCCAGAUUAGAUGACUUGCUUUCCAGGAAUGGCUAUAUUCCUCUAAUCAUUACUGAAGCUAGAGCUUCACAAGAUUUUGAGUUGUAUGAAAGUAAGUCGUUAAAUAACAACUUUAUGCAUUAUAAAUCCAACAUUUCAAAAUAA